AUGAGAUACUCAAGUGCAAUUGCUAUUGUUGCUUUCCUUCCAUGGGCGCUGUCCAAGCCGUCGGCGAUCCCAGAUGGCAUGGAGGAACUAUGCGAAAAAACUGGAAAAAGCAUUGACUGGAACGAAACCAUGAAACGGUGGAUUUGCAAGGAGAAGGAUACGGGAAUUUGCAGGCCCGACCAGGAUCAGGCGACAUGGCAUCAGGAUCCUAAGACAGGUGAAUAUGGGUGCUGCGACAAUGGACAGGAAUGGUGCCUGGAUAAGAGGAACACGGAGAAGGGCUCUUGCUGCGCCAAAGGCUCAAUUUAUAGCUUUGACACGGCCACUGGUAAAGGGGCAUGCUGUGAUCCUGGACAAGUCUUCAGAUGGGGAAGUUGCACAACGCCCGGAGGGAGCGAUAAGCCCGUUCCCAUUCCUCAGCCAGGAACCUGCGGGCUGCAUCUCAAGGAUGCUGGGCUAGAAAGUCUGCUUCGAACCUUGCUCAUGCAGUGCUUCCCCCACGGCCAGACCACCCUGGAUGUGUUUAUCGAGUACUACAUAUCCAUUCUCCAUGGGGGUAUCGACCUUAUUGAGGUUAUCUACAGAAAUGGGUGUGAUCCUAAGCCCUCUCCUAAUCCCACUCCUGACCCUCAUCCUGGGUGGAAAUGCCCUACGGACAGCUCGCCUUGCAGAUGGCUCGCCUUGAAAGAGGCCACGACGAAGCUAGGGCUAACUGCCGGUACCACUAAAAAAGAAUUGCCCAAUCCGGGUGCUUUGAUAGCUGUCUACGAGUACCCAUUUGAUACGUGGGUGACAAAAUUUCCAGGUGAUGACCUGGAUAUUUAUAUUAACGACAAAAGCAUCGAGCCUCAAGGCUCCGGCACGAGCUAUUUGAUUCCUGGUGGGACCAAGGGCAAAGAUGUAAAAUAUCUCUCCUCCAAGGGGGCUCAGAUCCGGUUUUACGGGGCCUGCUCGGCGGAUACACCAUGCAUAGGUGAUGCUGUGGAAUCUUGGGUUAGGGAAACAGUUACUGUAGGGAAGGAUAGUCUCGAUAUUGACGUGACUAAAUACGACUUCGACAUCAUCUUCACCAUCUCGGACACUUUCAUCACAACAGAGCAGUACACCAUCUUUGCCGAUGGUGAGAAAGUCGAUAAGACUCACGGCCGAUUGACCCUAGGUGAUGAUAAGUAUAACACAGACCACAUUAAUAUCCAUCAGUCGGGAACAGCUCCCCAAGUUAUCGCCAAUGAUGGCUUCUGGGGAUCAUUCCGAAUCCUUAAGGGGACCAAGAAGAUCACGGUUAAGAUGACAGACUACAAGGCGCCCUAUCCCUGGUAUGAAUUUUACUAUCGCAUUGACAAACCCUGCCAAUGCUAA